UAACCCUAUAUCGCCGAGCGUGACGAAUUAGUUACGUUCGUUUCUAGUGAGUCCAGAGCUAAAGAAAAUGGAGUGAGAGAGCUGUGAACGAGUGCAACGUUUCAGGCACGUUCUACUGCUCAUAUUUAAGGGAUGGCAACACUUCUCGCUUGUGGUACUUGGCAGCUGUCUGGUCCUCCCUAGCAGAGAUCAGCUGACUGUGCCACGCCACACACUCCUCUCUGUUGUCAUGUGCAAAUGCAGUCUCACAGGUAUGGAUUCCUUUCGAUUUUAUGGAGUGAGGCAUGCUUUGGAGCGUGUUCUUCAUGGCCAAAAGGAAAAUGAUGAUGACAGUGAUUUUGAUGAUAAUACAGAGGAAUGUCCAGACUAUGGGAGUGAUUACAUGCCGGAUGAUGAAGAGCUGGAACGGGCACCGUUGAUUGAUGAACCUGAUGACCCUCCUGAAUCAAGACCAGGACCUUCACAGCAGAAUCAAGGUCACAAGAUGGCUUCCAGUAAAAUAAAACGUAGUGAGCACCCACUAUGGCGUCAAAAAUCACUUGUUGUAUUUUGACAACUGGUUCACCUCACUCCCACUAAUGACUGUACUGGCUAUGAAACAGAUCUGCUGUUUGGGUACAGUGAGAAUAAAUCGCCUUCAAGGCAUAUUCUUUGAAAAUGACAAGGCUUUGGGAAAGAAAGGAAGGGGUACACACCAGGAAAAGAAGGCUUUGGUGGAUGAUGUUGAGGUUCGGGCUAUGAAAUGGAUGGACAAUAAAGGCGUCACUUUGCUGUCAACAUUUGCAUCAGCAGAGCCUGUGGGGGAGUGUAAGAGGUAUGACAAAAAGGCUAAGGCUGUGGUCACGGUCUCAUGUCCUGCAGUUGUGACAGAAUAUAAUAAAUUCAUGGGUGGUGUGGAUUUGAUGGACUCACUCAUAUCACUUUACAGAAUCCACACCAGGUCCAAGAAGUAUUAUCACAAUAUAUUUUUUCAUUUUCUGGAUGUCACAGUUGUGAACUGUUGGUUACUAUACCGCAGAGAUUCUAGCGACCUAGACAUUCCUGAACGAAAAGUAAUGAUCCUUCAGGAAUUCAAAUUGUCACUGGCAGAAUCCCUGCUUCUUGAAGGGAAAAAUCCCAUGGCUAAGAAAAGAGGUCGUCCCUCUAAUGGAGGAACUGCUGCACAGUUUGCAAAGAAAAAGAAAAGCUCCCCUGCCACUAAGCCCAUUCCUGCAGGAGUCAGGACAGAUGGCUAUCACCAUUAUCCAGUGGUGACAACAAGAGGAAGGUGCAAGAAUCCAGACUGUAAAAGUGCCCCUGUGUUCUACUGUCAGAAGUGUAAAGUACACUUGUGUAUCACCAAAGAUAAAAAUUGCUUUGUUGAAUUCCACACAAAGUAAAUGAACAAGCAAAAAUGACAUUUAGUUCAUGGAUAUAUUUUACUAAGUGAAUACAAACAUUCAAUAUUGUUUUCACAUGUGCUAAUGUUUUUUUUUUUUUUUUUUUUUUGUAUAAGCAAUUUCUUUUAUGGCAGCCAAGACAUAUUAUGCAUGGUUUAUAUACACCUUUGUCAGUUUUUGUUCGUAAAACCAAUUUACUUUUGUGUUUGAAAGCUAUGUAUGGAUUAUAUAUUCAGUUAUGUAUGUUAUUAUGCAGUACCAUAGGUGAAACUGAAUCAAUUGUAUACUACGCUGAAUUAGCUACUUGAUGUUGAAGUAUUGUUUUCCAGAAAUAAAGAGUGUUCAUGCA